AUGAAAAACAAAUUGGAAGGUGAAUUAAAAGCUAGUGAGAGGUUUGCCGGCGAUCUGCCGGUGAACGUACAAAUUUCUAAAACUAGACGCGAAUCUAUGGCUCCGAAAAUCAUCGUGUGCCCACCAGUGGAAGAAAUGAGCGAAACAGCACCUCGUGGCUCCCGUCUGCUGAAGGCGCUUAGUCGGCGUCUUUCACGACGUAACGCGGAUGAAAAUUCCUUGGGCAGCUCGAGCAGCAACGAGAGCAUGUCUUGCGAUACCGGACGAAGCGACGACCCCUCCUCUUGCUCGACCAGCGACUCGGGCAGCGAAGAAUCCGAACGACGAAGGCGGCACAGAUCGACAGUCUCUCUACGGCGCGUAUUCCAAAAUCUUAGUAUAUCCCGUUCUCAGUCGUCGUCUCCAACCGACCGCCACAGACAGGCUAAGAAACAGCCCCAGCCAAAACGCAUUCUUCGACCCCCAGUUACCUAUACAUACGUCAGAGGUCUAUCUGGACUUCCGACUCAAAGGGUUCCCCGGCACACGGUAUACUGCGCCUCCGUCGGCCUUAACCGAUAA